AUGUCGUCGAGACGCGGACCUCUCACUAACAACCCCAAUGUUGCCAACUCGCCCAUGAGGGGACUGUCCUCGGCCCUACAGUCUAAGCAGAAGCCUUCUCAGGCCAGCAUUCAGAGGGAGGAGAGCUAUGGACAGCCCCCCAGCAAGAAGCAGGCCCUCGAGUCCACCGUGUCUCGCCCUUCCGGUCCUCGAUCCCCUUCGAAGAUUCCUCGAACCCAGACUCUCGCCCAGCGUGGUGUGUCUACGACAGCCUCCUCGACAACGCGUACGGCAGCUGUUAGGGAUAGAGCCUCGAGAUCUGCUGCUGCAGGCACCACUUCCAGGCAAUCCACCCAGCAGGAGGAUAGUCACAAGGAAGCAUGGAAAAAACAUUACAGGGCCAAGUUCCCCACCAUGGUCUUUUACUUCGAGAGCAUACCCGACGACAUCCGGGCCAAGCUCACCAAGCGUGUAUCAUAUCUCGGAGCUCGCCAAGAACCCUUCUUCUCCAUAGAUGUUACCCAUGUCAUCACCGCCAGGAGCAUCCCGACCGACCGCGCCGAGCCCGAGACUGAGCCCGAGAACGAGGAGCCCGAAGCCGAAGAGCAGCCCCAGACCAUCAACCCUUCUCUUCUCGACAGGAACACUGCCGCCAGACGCAAACUUCUGUUCGAAUUCCGCGCACCUUCACGGCCGCAGAACACCAACGAUCCUGCCAAACCCAGCAAGCUCCCGAGGAACAACGAUGUUCUCUUCAAGGCCCGCGAUAUGGGCAAGAAGAUCUGGCCCCUCGACAAGUUCCAGACCAUGGUGUCGGUCCUUCUCGAGACCGAGACCCAGACAGGCACCACAAGCUCCAGGGCCGCUUCUCGUACCCAGGGCCUGCUUAGGGCUGGCCAGGAAAAGAGCCUGCACCAACUCCUCCAGCAUGAGCGUAUCAACGGCCCCACGGACCGUGAUGCGAGCGCCGCCAGCCGCGACCUGACCUAUUUCAAGGGUCCCCACGUCUACGUGUUCGAUAUGGAUGAGAGGCACAAGCCCAUGAUGGUUCGCGAAUACGCCAGGGUUGCCAAUAAGGCUGACGGUGACUGGCCCCAGUUUCGAAGUGUUGGCAAUGGUCGUUGCCCCUUUGUCGAGGAGGACCCCCAGGAUAGGGAGUACCGGAAGCAGAGGGAGCAGCGGGAACUGCGUCACCAGCGUGAGCAGGAAAAGGCACGCCUUGCUGCGGCGGCUGCUGCCACCGCCGCCAAGAAGGAUUCUGUAUCUCAAGCUGCCGCUGAACAGGCGAAGCCGGUGACAGGCAAGCGUUCACUGUCCGAGAUGGAGGAUGGUCACAACCGGACCCGCGUCCCCACGGCUCCGUCGCUGCUCAAUCCGGCCAAGGCUGCUCUGUCUAAGCAGACUACCCAGAACGCUUUCACAAGCCGUGCCGAGGGAGGUCGCGUGUUCCACGGCGAGCCCGUCGCGUCCGGACUUCAGCCGUCCAAUGUGACAUCGGCCAUCCGGUCUCAGAUGAUUUCGUCCCAGGCUGGCGUCAGUGCCAUCAAGACGGGAACGAGCAAAGAGCUCCACGGCCUUCAGCGCAAGGUUCUCGAGAAGGCGGCCCCGGCAUCCCACGAGACGAGUUCUCGCAGGCCUGUCGAUCACUCUUGCGAGGGGGCGUCUAACCGGUCGGCAAUGAGUCGACCGACAUCCCGACCUCCCCAUGGCCAGGAUGACGGCUCCGUCAGAACUGUUGACAGCAACGACAAGAGGACCCAGAGCCAACCGCUCAAGAGCAAGAAGGACAUGAAGCCCGGCUACUGCGAGAACUGCCAGGACAAGUUUCGCGAUUUUGACGAGCACAUCGUGUCCCGUAAGCACCGUCGGUUUGCGGAAAACCAAGACAACUGGGCCGAGCUGGAUGCGCUACUGGCAGAGCUGAAGCGCAUGCCCAAGGACUACUACAUGGAUGACGAGUACGGCCUAUAG